CACAGAUCUGGAAGAGGCAUUAAUGAGGUGGUAUCGAAUUGCUCAGUGUCUAAAUGUACCAGUUAAUGGUCCGAUGUUGCGUCUAAAAGCUAAUGAUUUUGCCCAGAAACUGGGCCAUAAUGAUUUUAAGUGCAGUAAUGGUUGGCUGGAUCGUUUUAAAUCCAGGUAUGGUUUAGUAUUCAGAGCUCAACCUGUAGAAGCUACAGGUGUAUCAGCAGACCCUUCGACUGUCUGGUACCAAAAUGUACUUCCUUAUUAUUUAAAUGAUUAUCACCCUAAAAAUGUUUUUAAUAUAAAGGAGACUGGGCUGCUUUAUCGCAUGUUACCUACGAAUACAUUUGCAUUUAAAGGCGAAACAUGCUCAGUUGGAAAGUUAUGCAAAGACAGAAUAACUCUGGUGGUUGGCACAAAUAUGGAUGGCUCAGAGAAACUUCCUUUGCUUGUCAUUGGAAAAAACAGAAGUCCUCAUUGUUUCAAAGGUAUAAAAUCAUUGCCCGUGUGUUAUGAAGCUAACAGAAUGGCAUGGAUGACCUCAGAUGUAUUUGAACAAUGGAUGCGAAAGCUUGAUGAGAAAUUUCAAGCCCAGCAACGAAGAGUGGUGAUUUUUGUUGAGUCUUUUCCAGCACAUCCAGAGGUAAAUAACCUAAAGUCCAUUGAGUUAGCUUUCUUUCCAUCAUGUUUAUCUUCCAAAUGUGUAGCUAUGAAACAAGGCAUUAUUAAAAGCCUUAAAAUCAAAUAUCGGCAGUGUCUUAUCAAGAAAUUUUUAAGUUCUGUUGAAAGUAGCAAAGAAUUUACAUUUUCACUCCUAGAUGCAGUUGAUACGUUGCAUCUUUGCUGGAGGGCUGUAACCCCAGAGACCAUUGUUAAAAGCUAUGAAGAGGCAGGAUUCAAAUCUCAAAAGGGAGAAAGUGAUGUAACAAAUGCAGAAAACGAUACCAGUCUGGAUUUGGUUGCCCAUGCUCUGGGGGCAGGAGUAGAAUUUCCUGAAGGUUUAUCUAUAGAAGAGUAUGCUGCCCUGGAUGACAAUUUGGAGACAUGUGAAACAGCACCGGAUGGUGAUUCUGUACACACCAAAGAAAGUAAAUCAGAUGAAACUGGAUUUUACACUUCUGAUGAAGAAGAUGAUGAUGGAUCUCCAGGAACUGAACUACCUUUACCAUCAAAAUCUGAGGCAAUCACUGCUUUAGACACUCUGAAAAAAUUUCUUAGAAGUCAAGAUAUUAAUGACGGACUUCAAAAUUCUUUAGCAGACCUUGAAAAUUUCAUUAACUCUUUAUCACCUAAGUAACUAUGUAUUACAUCUGAAGAGUUAUAGCUUUUCCUGAUACAUUUUAUUAUAUAAGGUAUGUAAAGGAGUUAUACCACUUAAACAUAAAAAAGUGAAAAACU